UGCGUGUGCGCGCAUGCAUUAUGUGAAAUUCUGUUGGAAAUUACGUUCAAAUUUUUCGAUUAUAUCAAGCGUAUUUUGUUCCAUAUGUAUUCAUUAUUAUUUAAAAUAGAAACGCAACUGUCAACAACCUGUUUACCUGCACAUUUUCUUUUUAUAUGCGGGUGCAUUCACGUUAUGCAUACGUAUUUGGUGCACGUCUGCUGUUUAUCUAACCUUAUAUACUAAUUCCAACUCGAAGGAAAAAUGCACUUUGAGAUUGGAAAUCGUUGGACAAUCAUUUAACAGGAUUUUAGACGUUUUUGUAAGAAAUGAAAUUUUGGCGGUACAAGAUAAGAUAUAUAAUUUACGCUUUUUAUGCGGUUGUUAUCUUAAUUAUUAUAAAGCGUAUUUCAGUUGUAAGUGUUUACAAUCGCGUUCAAAUAGAAAAUAUAUGGCUUGAAAAUGGUACGACAAAUUACGAAAAAAAUGAAAGGUAUGAACAGUGGAUCAACGAAUAUGUUAAAGGUAUAUCGCGCAAGCUAGGUGAAUAUGGUAAGCCAGCUUACCUUAAUGGCGAAGAGAAAAUUAAAGGAAACGAGAUCCUGAAAAAGAAGGCGGUCAAUAUAAUUCUUUCAAAUAAAAUAUCCUUCCAAAGAAAAUUACUAGAUAUCAGAGAUCCGCUAUGUAAGAAUGUAACGUACGACAUUGUCCUGCCUUCCGUAAGCAUAAUUAUUAUAUUUCACAAUGAAGCAUUCAGCGUACUCUUACGCACGAUAUACAGUGUGCUAAAAGAGACACCACCAAAGCUCGUUCGAGAAAUCAUUCUGGUCGAUGAUAAAAGCGACGAAGAGCAACUUCAGGGUUUGUUGGAAUAUUAUAUUCAAACACGUUUACCAAAGAAGGUAAAGUUAUUAAGAUUACAACAGCGACAAGGAUUAGUAAGAGCUCGAUUAAAAGGAGCUAAAAGUGCAUCAGGGGAUGUUUUAAUGUUUUUAGAUGCUCAUUGUGAAGUAACAAAAAACUGGUUGCAGCCAUUACUGCAAAGAAUAAAAGAUAAGCGUAAUGCAGUUGUAACGCCAAUCAUAGACAACAUAUCGGAAGAAACAUUUGAAUAUUUAUAUAAUGCUGAACCAUCAUUUUUUCAAGUUGGAGGAUUUAGUUGGUCCGGUCAUUUUACGUGGAUAAAUAUUCAAGAAAUUGAUUUACAAUCCAAGACCUCUCCCAUUUCUCCCGUAAGAUCACCCACCAUGGCUGGUGGACUCUUUGCAAUUAAUAGAAAAUAUUUUUGGGAAAUAGGUAGUUACGACGACCAAAUGGAUGGCUGGGGAGGAGAGAAUCUUGAGAUGUCAUUUCGAAUAUGGCAAUGUGGCGGAGUUCUCGAAACAAUACCUUGCUCUAGAGUAGGUCAUGUAUUUAGAAAUUUUUUACCUUACAAAUUCCCUAUGAAUAAAGACACACACGGUAUUAAUACAGCAAGAUUAGCAAAUGUAUGGAUGGACGAUUACAAGAGAUUAUUUUACUUACAUCGCGAAGAAUACAAGGAUAUGCCAGAGCUCAUUGGUGAUGUAAGAAGUCGUAUAGAUUUACGUGAAAGAUUAAAAUGUAAAAGUUUUAAGUGGUAUUUGGAUAAUGUAUAUCCUGAAAAAUUUAUACCAGAUGAAAACGUACAAGCGUUUGGUAAAGUGAGAGUUCAAACAAAAAAUUUAUGUUUAGAUAAUUUACAGCGCGACGAGGAGAAACCAUAUAAUAUAGGAGUCUACGAAUGUCAUUCAAAAUUAUAUCCAAGUCAGUAUUUUUCUAUGAGUAAAAGCGGAGAAUUAAGAAGAGAAGACGUAUGUGCUACUGUGAUCGAAGAUGAACUUUUGAAUUAUAUUUUUAAAGUUAAUAUGAGAGGUUGUGAUGAAAUUGAACACGAUAAGGAGUGGAUAUUAACCGAGGAUGGAAAGAUUUUACACUUAAGAACAGGAUUGUGCCUAGAUGCAACUGGAGUACAUAGCAAGGAAGAUGUUAUAGUUUCUCUCUGUUCCGACUCACCAGAUCAAUUUUGGCAAUUUGAUUUUUAUGGUGAUAAGAUCAACCCUAGAUGAAAUCUAGUUGAUUGUUAUAAAUAUUAAAGGCAGCUCAAAUAAUGUAG